UGCGUCUCUGUUAGAUCUCGCCGCCAUGUUUGUGUAAUUUCCGCCUUUUCGCAAGACACUGUAGAAAAACAAGUUCGAAGUACCUGAGCUCAUUUGUUUGAACUGUGCUGUCGAUUGACGUGUGUGAUAUAUUAAAUCUAAGAAGACAAUAAUAACAACUUUUAUAAACAUGGCAGAUCCUAGAACAGACGACUUUUUGAGUAGCCAACCCGAAAGUAAUAAUUUCAGUGAUUUUGAGCAACUGGAUAAACCUGAUGCUGGUCCAGAAGCAGAAAAUUUAGGAUUUGAUCAAGAUGAAGAAAUAACAUCCACAUCUUUCGGAAAUGAAAAUUUAGCAGAAGAGGAUCUUUAUGCUACCGGUGCGUCGGAGGCUACGCCAGUUGAUAACUCCCCUGAUCCCCUAAUUUCUUUUGGUGAUGAACCCACUUACACCCGUCAAUCUCAACCCUCCCCUCCGAACGUGGAACCACUGAUGAAUUUUAACCCACCCAGUUUUGGGGUAGACUCCUCAUCCCCUGCCCCAGCCACAACUCGCGAUCCCACCCCACCUUCUACCCCAGAACCAUCAGAUUUUACGAAAACAGGACCGAAAUCAGUAUCAGUGACACAGGAAGAAACCAAGAAAGAAGCUUUGCCUGAAUGGAUGACACAAACUAUUGGAUCAUGGAUGAAGAAUGUUGACCCUAGAGAUGUUUUAGGUGAUAUUUCAACAGCUGAUUUUUCGUUUUUUUUGGACCUGAUCUAUUGGCGAGAUGUUCGUAAGACUGGUGUCGUAUUUGGCAGUAUGAUGUUCUUACUUCUUUCUCUUGCCUUCUUCUCCGUAUUAAGUGUGGUGGCCUACCUGUCACUAGCAGUUCUCACAGUCACGCUCAGUUUCAGAGUCUACAAAAACAUUAUGGGCGCAGUGCAAAAGAGCGGUGAAGGUCAUCCUUUUAAACAAUAUCUAGAGGCAGAUUUGGAACUACCAGAAGAUAAGGUGAAGCCUGCUGUAGAAAAUGUCUUACGUCAUGUGAACUGUACAGCCAAGGAAGUUAGACGAUUGUUUCUUAUUGAAGAUUUAGUCGACAGCAUCAAGUUUGGAAUACUUCUGUGGUUGUUGACAUAUAUUGGAUCAUGGUUUAAUGGCAUGACAUUAAUUAUUCUAGCUGUUGUAGCAGUUUUCACUUUACCUAAGAUCUAUGAGACAUACAAGGUUCAGAUUGAUAAUUACGUGGGUUUGGCUACCACACAGAUUAAUAAAGUCUUGUCACAAGUUCAGGCUAAGGUACCCUUUUUGAAGAAGAAAGCAAAGACUCAGUGAGAAGUAGAAAAACAAGUUCUAGAAAACGUAAAACUCGAGAUGUCACACAAUGCUUCAUGUGUCGUCAGCACAACAGUCUUCAAUAAAACUUUAUACAAAAAAAAAAUAUAUAUAUAUAAUAAAUAGGACUAAUUUGCUGUUUGCCUUAUUGCCACCUUUAUUUGAUAAAAAAAAAAGUUUAAAAAAAAGGAAAGUUUUUUUUAUUUUAUCGCAUAGUUUGGUAUAUCAGCGAAUCUCCCACAAACGUGAAACUUGAAUAUGGUUGUAUUGAUGAGACUGGAUAUGAAAGAAAGCUUUGAAUAUUAAUUAUUUAACGAUAGAGGCAAAAAAAUAAACUUUGAAAUUGUUGGAAAAAAAGUUAAAGUGUUGUGUGGCCAGUAGUUGAUGAGAAAAAAAAAAUGUUAUAAAAUGUCUGGACAUUUAAUUUGAAUUUAUAAGAUUUGAUGCUUUUUAACUAUUAAAUUGAGUAUUAUGUAUUAAACAUCAUCUGUAAUUCGUAUGUAUAUGUAUUGCAUUUUGCUGCAUCCUCAUUAUUCAUUCAGUGUGUUUUAAGAUUUCGGUUGCAGUUUAGUUAUUUCGUUAUUAAAAUCUUAAAUUAGAACUUCCAUAGUGGUUGAGAAUUGUUUUUUGUUUCUGAUCUCAGUGACUGAAGAAUAUACUCUAACAUAUUGUUUUGGGUUUUUUUUCUCAAAAUUCUUCGAUUUUGUUUGUGGUCCUUUUAGUUCUUUUAUAAAUAUAAAAGUUUGGACUUGAUUAGAUGUGUUCCUGUUAAACAGGGACGGAACGGAACUGACUUCAUAGGAAGUUGAUUUUCUUAUUUUAAAUUUAUGGCUGUGUGGGGUGAGACUAUUUGUGAUAUAAUUAUUAUUCAGUUCAGUUCAGUUAAUAUUAGCUUUACGUAAUAUCAAUGCAAUAUUUAGUUCGAUGCCAUGUAUUAUUACUAUUCCUAAGUUAACACCCUUUUUUUAUAUUCGGUGCAUUUAUCGUCAUAUUAAAUGAUUAAGUUCGCAUGAAAAAAAUGAGUUUAAUUCAAUUUUUUUUUUACAAUUCUUCCAAGAUGAAAUAAAGAUUGCUUAGAAAUUAAUAAGACACUCAUUUGCAAGAAAAUAUAAAAAUGGAUUUUUUAAAAAAGAUUACUAGACCGAUCUCCUAAAUUGUACAUUAAUUAGUGGAGCUAUAUUAAUUGUAUAAACAAAGUUUAUAAUUAGAGACUAUAUCCUGUAAAUGUUUAGAAAUUAUUUGACUUGUUUUUUAAACUAACAACUGAUGAAAAUUUUACAUAGAAUAUUGUAAACUUCACGUAUGUGAUUCACUGUGUGUAUAUGAUAUGAUAUGCUUAUAUGACAGGAGAUUAAUUAAUUAAUUUAAUUUAAAUAUUUUUUUUUUUUAAAUUUAGAUUUCUAAUAUGUAUAAAUAUAUACGCCUUGCCGUGAAUGUGGUAACGAUAGAUGUAGUUAAAAGUCAUGUCUAAUCGAUGUUUAGAAAAUCUCAUUGUCUAAGUCCUGUUUAUCAAGUCUAACAAAUAUAUAUUGCUCAAAAUGAUGGAGUUUGUCUUCAAUGUAAUGUUAGAAAAAUAUCUCAAUUCAAUUCGAUUUUUGGCUAAAUUGAAUAAAGAAAUGAUCACUCAAUUUAAUUCGAUUUUUAGCUAAAUUGAAUAAAGAAAUGAUCACUCGAAGACUGAUGAUAAACGCUUUGUAGUUCGACUUGUAUCUCGUAAAGAGUUAAUAUCGUAUACUUCAUCAAUAUGGGUGCGUAACUCCUAUCGGUUAUCACUAUACUAAUUGAUAUCCCAUGUUUGUUAACCGAGAUUAGUAUAAUAUCAAGAUUUGCGUUAAUCCUAUUGAUGCCAUGUUUUCCUGUAUUCUAUUACUUGCACUGCUUGUUCCAAGUUUGUGAUUCACUCUCCUAUCCUGUCUAUUAAUAUUGUAAAAUAUUAUAUAUCUCUAAAAUAAACUGUUUCUAAAUUCUAUAAAGUACUAUUUCUUCCUUUCUUACAUCCAUACAUACGUUUAAAUAAUUUAAUAAAUGUACUAUAAAAAUA